AUGCACCUACCCGGUGCACGAGGUGACAAAACCGUACGCGUUUGGCGAUGGAUCGCCGGAAGCGGUUUCUGCGAGGAGUCGUUUUCCCCGCUGCUGGGUCACAAGUACGGCGUAACAAGUGUGCGUGUUUCCCCAAAGGGUGCAGUGCUGGCCUCGGCCUCGGUCGAUGGCACCGUGAUCCUGUGGAAUUUGGCUACCGGCGAAGAGACCAACGUGCUCACGCAGGAAGCCGGCGAAGCCAUCCGGGCCUGCAUCUUCAGCCCAAACGGGUCGACGAUCGUGAGCUCGGACGAUAGUGGCGCAAUCUGCGUCUGGGGCCAAAACAAAAACCUCAAACGCCACAUGAAGAUUCAUGACGAGGCAAUUCACACCAUUGCUUUCUCCAACGAUUCGAGCAUUCUACUGACCGCCUGUACGCUUGGAAACAUCCGAUUCUACGCCGUCGAGGAUGACUUCGAAGCGGAGAUUUCGAAAGCCGACUGCUCAAUUGAUGCCGCUCAUGACAUGGGAGUUCUAUCAGCCGACUUUUGCAAAGUCAGUCAUCUGGAUCCCGCCGACAAUUUCUCGAUCAUCUACACGGUGGCCACCUGCGGGACGGAUCAUUUGAUCAAAAUCUGGCGCCUGUUUUACAUCCCGUCGAACGUGGACCGCAGCCGGAAAUCUCGACUGAUUCCGGCCACCCCGCAGGAACAUUUUGCCGGCCAAUCGACCAUCUACAGUACCGAGGUGAUGAACGCGAGCUGCGUGCAGACAAUUCCCGCCCACGGAAGCUCGGUCACCUGCGUGAGAUUCAACAGCUCCGGUACGCUGCUCAUAUCGAGCAGUCUCGAUAAGAGCAUCAAAAUCUGGAACCAGCAGGGCACCUGCAUUAAAACCCUAUCGGAGCACUCGCGCUAUGUUAACUGUUUGGCCAUCAACAGUGACUCGACGGUUAUUGCCUCCGGCAGUAACGAUCGAUCCGUGGUGAUUUGGGAUCUGACCAACAAUCUGACCAUUGAGUCUCAUAUCACCGGCAUCCGGUCGUUGCUUUUUACGCUCGCCUCGAAGACCACCGAUAUCCCGCCGGAAUUCAUCUGCCCCAUCACGCAUGAAAUUAUGCAGGAUCCGGUCUAUGCUGAAGACGGUUUCACGUACGAGCGGGCGGCGAUUCAGGAGUGGUUCGCUCGGGAGAAGAUCAUAUCCCCGAUGACCAACGUAGAGCUGUCCACCGACGAGCUGGUAGAAAACGGGAAGCUGAAGCUGAAGAUCGAGGAGUACACCAAAUCGCUGGAUUUAGACAAUUUUGAGUAGUGUUGAUAAUUCUUCACCUUCUUCUCCUUAUACCUAUAGAUAAUAGAACCAAGUUGAACUAUCAUGUGAUAUCGAGAUCAGUCAGUGAAAGUUUCAUCGAUCUGAUGGGAAACUACUUACAGUUUGUAUAAAAAAUAUCAUCACCUAUAGUCGCCAAAUUUUGCAUCUAUAACUGCCGAAUGUGCAUUUUGAUCUUUAUCAAAAAUAAAUUUCUAAUUAGGUAUACUAAAACUUUUAGGACAAAAAUUUAAAGUUUAAUAGACAUAUGCAUAAUUCAACAAAUGUCACAAGAAAGGUUAAUGUCUAAAUUGGUCUCUUCAUUUGGUCGAUACAAAAAACUUAAAUUUAAACUUUUGUUUUAUUUUUUAGAGUGAUCCAGUUAUUGCUCGUAAUGGUGUUCACAAAAACUCUAAAAAAUGAAAUGUUUUGUUACUGAUGCAUGAAAGUUUUUUUUUCUAUUUCAUGAACACGGUUUAAUGCUUAAUUAUGGAAGUACAUAUUUAUUUGCAAGAAAUAUCAAAACAUUCAGAAACAGAAUUCGAAAAUUAAACAUGAAGUUAUUCAAAUUAACACAUCAGAUUGAGAUUAUAACUAAUGAUCGCUUACAUCCCAAACCCAUCUCUGGGUUGAUGUUUAGAAUCCAUCAAUAGAGGAGAAUGAGGAUAUUUGAUCCCUAGGGAUCAAGUUAUGAUGAUUUACUUUAUUAAUCAGCUAUAUCUCGAAACUGGAAUGUCUUACUUAGAUCAAAUGUUCUAGAAAAAAAAAUGCCAAAUAGAACAAAACAACAAACCUACAAACAAAAUAUUAAAAAAUUUAUUUUUUGAGUUUUUGCACUUUGUUUGAAAAAUCGAACAAAAUAUAACUUGAAGAUCGUUUUUUAUCACUUUAAAAUGUUUCCCACACGAAAAAUUAUAUCAAAAAUAAUUAUUCCAAUUUGUCAAUUUUUAGAGUAUACUAUGAACUUCUGAAUGGUAUAUUUUUGAAGCAAUAGUAAACCCUCCGAUUUUUUGUUGGAUAUAGUUUUUUCAAAAUGUAUGUUAUGGGUUCACUUGAUCCCUCAAGUCCAAAAAGAUUUAUUUUUCUUCUAAAUGGAUGUUGUUUAUUGCUUUAAGCACGAAAUUUUUAAUAUUCGUCCUAUGACUAAUAUUUAUCCAAUAAUUUUCUGAUAAAAGGACUUAAACAAGUGCAAUCAUCUAAAUAUCAGAGAAUUUUAGAAUUUUAAAAUUCUUUUUGUCUGACACAUAUAAACUGUAAAAUGAAAACUAAUAUGGCCAAAAGAAAGUUGCUGAAACUUUUAUCUUAAGAUUUUGCAUGAUUUUUGCCAAAGCUUAGGGCACCCUGAUUAAAGGAUCAAGUCCCCUUUAAGAAAGGAUCAAGUCUUCUUUAACUUUCGAAAUAUUACUUUUUUUUUUAGUCCCACGAAAACGCUUCUAGUUUACACGCUGUCAGAAAAUGCAAAAACAGCGAUCUACAAAAUUUUUCCAAAACACAUGAACAUGAACAUGAACAAUUUCGUAUAUUUUUCUUUUCGUUCGAACGAAUGAGAAUAGUUCGAUCUUCCGAACAUGCUAUGAACGCAGAAAGUUGAAUGUGUAUAUAAUUCAAAUUCUUAUUCAAUUUGGAUGAAAGAUUUUGAUUCAGUUUUGCAAACGGAGUGGUUAGCUACCAAAUUGUAGGUAUCUGAGUGUUGGAUGCCUUCCCUCGACGAACCAUCGGCCGUGGAAUCUUCGGGCUAACUACACAGCACAGAUUUUUGACAGUCAUUGUCGGUUAUACCUACUUAGAACUCUUCUGAAAAUUUUUAUUUGAAUACAGAUUCUUUAUUCGGUUUCAAUGUUUUGGUAUUGAUUCAAAAUUAUGUUUUUUUUUUUGGUGGAAACUAAUUAUAAUUUUUGAAAUUGCUCAAUUCCGAUUUUGACAUUCAAAUUUGACAUUGACUAACUGCGUUACUUGAUUUUCCUUGAUCCUUUACAUAGUACAUUGGAAAUAACAGGUAGGCCAUUGCGCUUAACCUCACUCGAAAGCUCCAUGUAUGUACACAGCAUGCUUGCAUACCAACAAAAAUAGUUAUGAAAAUUUGGCAGUUUUAUAUGGAUUAGCAAUCAAAAUUAUUAAUUUCUCCGUCGAUAGCCAUUCGAUUCUUUUGAAAAGGGCUUCAAAUAAAGAUUGAUUCUUCAGGCCCAUCGGAAACUAUUUUUAGCAUUGGAUUUUUGGAUCUGAACCAUACAUAAUGAGCAUUCAAAAGUAAUUUUCAUCGUUGUCCCUCUGUUUUGAGAGCAAGCAAUGUAAUAUUUUCUUCUGUCUAUGUUAAACAUUUGAUAAAUGAUCUAAUAUACUUCGUAUUUCUGUGAUGAAAAGUCAAUUUGUUUGAAUUUUUAUUCAAAUCACAAACCAAAAAGGCCACACAAGGUAAAAAUAUCGUGAAAUUUUAGAUUUAAAUCGAGGAAAAGCCCAUUGCAUAUUUCAUUUGGCGGUGUUGAAAAGCCAAAUAUUGUUCGUUGCAUUAAACUGCAUCAGUGCAUAUUUUUCUCAUAAUUUUAUUUCUUGUCAGUUUUAAGGAAAAUAUGAUUUUUUGAUAAAUUCCAUACAUUUGCUUUUCCAUAACUAUUUUUCGGGGCCUCUUACCAAUACGUUGAAAGAGAGCAGAAUGGCCUACCUUGUAUAUUUCAAAGUACUAUGGAUUCUUUAUAGUUUUUUAAAAAUUCUGACAGCUUACUUAUCAAAACAAUAUACCGAAUAAAUAUUCUUUAUUAAAUAUAAAAUUUUUCUUACCUUUAACAUUUCGAUUUUUUCUUGCUUAUUUUGAUUGUUGAAUGCAAAUUUCAUUUUCCAUUCCGACUGAGACAAUUAGGCUUUAUUUAUUUUUGAAUAUUCAAAUGAAAAUUGUUCCAUUCCAGAAUUCAAUUGGGCUAAAGUUUAAUCUACAACAAUGAGAAUUUAAAAUUCUUGAACUAAAUCUGGAAGAAAGAUUGAAUUGGACAGUGACAUAAAGCUUUUGAAGUUUCAUAAACUUUUUAGAAUUUAAGUUUCGGGAAGCAUUCUGUGAAAAUACUUAACGAUAUUGACAUUAUUAGUAUUUUGUACUUGCAUUUCAACAUAUUGUGGUGUUCAGUUUUAUUUGAAGUCAACAAUUUAGUGCAUUUUUAACUGACAUUUACAUAAACUGCUUUUUUUCAAUAACUUAUUUUAAGUUUUGUUUACAAUGAUUUGCUUUUAUUUGCAUUUACAUGCAGGGUGUUCAAUAAGUUCGAAUACACUUUCUAACCAAAUGGUGUUGUAAUGCCGUAGCAUAUAUUAUACACCUAACUUUUUUUAGAGUAAUUUUGUGCUAUUAUCAGACACACUAUUCAUGGUGUCGAAGAAUUAAUUUUCAUUAAGUGUUUUUUAUCAGCCUUUUCACACCACAAGUACUGGUACAGGCAAAAAAUCCAAUUUAUUGACCAAAAUAAAUAGUUUACAUGUCACCCAAUCGGCCUCCUUUGGUCAUAUUUUCAUGAUCAUUGAUGAUGUCGAGAAUAAACAAAUACAGAAUUCCUAAACUUGUCUCAUAAAAAAUCUAUUUCGUAUUAUGUGAGAAAUGUCGAAAAAGUAGCUACGUGCUAGCUGAUUUUCAUCAAAAAGCUUAUCAACGUGAUGGAGCAUUGAAUAAUUGCACAUCGUAAAUAGAUGAAAACCAUUAAGGGGGGAGUAGGGUCUAACCAGUAAAAAAACACCAUUUUCACGAAUUUUUUUAAGCUAUCGUUCAAACAAAUGUAUUCAAAUUUUUUGCAUUAUACAAAGCAUUGUUAAAAGAACAUUUAGUAAUUUUAAAAAUGUCCUUUCGAGAAAAACGCGUUUGAAUUUUCUGCUCUAGAAUUCUUGCAGUAUUAGAUAAGAGGAGAUAAAGGCCUAUAAUUUCUACAGUUUUGCUUCGAUUGACUUGAAAAUUUGACACAACAUUCUUGAAAUAUUUUACAAUAAGAAAAUAAAAAAUAAAAAAAAUCGAUUUUUUGAAAGUGUUAGUCCCUACACUCCCCCCUUAAAUAUGUGCUUGUGUAACUUUGUUUUAAGUUUACAUUGGUCAUUAAUGGAUUUUUUGGCUAAUUUUGCAUGUAGUUUUUUUUAUAGGUCAUUUUACACAGAAUAAUACAGGUUUUUAGAAAUAUUGGUACAAAAUGAAAAGUGCUUUGCCCUUCAAAUGUAGCUCUCUUGGAUUUGUUAGUUAUAUGUGGUUAUAUCAUACAUGUUGUCGAGAAUUAACAAAUACAGGAAACCUAUUUUGACUCUCUAUAAAAAUGGUCAGCAUUCUUAUGGAGAACGAAACGAAACCGAAAAACCGCUGAAAAUCAUAUAAUUGGUUGGAGGUAAAAAAAAUUCUAAACAAAAGGUGUGAUUGACCAUAAAAAAAUUGUCCGGUUGAUUUUGAAUUACCGUUACGUUAUUUUAAUUUGUAUUCGAACUUAUUGAACACCCUGUAGGUAGGUUCUUCGAUUUAUGAUAUUUUUUUCUGUUGCUUUUGGUUGCAUCUAUUACAACUAAUUUUUAGAAUGCUUCGCAUUACUUAUACUAUGGCUCAACUCUAGUACGAAUUUUUGAAUUAAUAUUUGGUACGAAUAAAACUCAAGAUAUUAAAACAAUUACUAUCCAACUGACACAGUUUUGCGCACUUAUUCGUUAUUAUUUAUUCGAGUAUUUUUUUAUCUCGUUUCUGCAAAUGAAAUAAGAGAAGCAUUAAAAGGCCAAAAAAAACAUUUGAAAAACUUCCGAAAUGUUAACUAUUUUGAAUAAUGAUUUCAAAUGUAACUCUAAAAUUUGACUUGAUUGCGAAAAAUCUUCGAACUAUAAAAAGAAUUUCGUCAAAUUUUAUUGACGUAUUCAAACCUUUAUUUCUUUGUCACAACCGUUCGGAGUGAAUCACCUUUCACUAACAGCCACCUUGCUACUAGCCGUCAUUCACAUUUUAAACCACUAAAAUGAUCAAAGUAACCAGGUCUUUUGAAAACGAAAACGAAAAGUUAGGGACAGACAGAGCAAGUGUGCGAGUUGUGCUGAGGUAAAGUUUAAAACAAUUUUAGAUAAUCAAUAAUCCUAAUUUUCCAUGACUGAGUUAGUAAGCGUGAGUUUAGCUACAGACAGCUGUAAGUGGUAGAAAUAUUUUAUAAAACUCAACUAUUACACUACCGGAUUAGUUUGAUAAGAAUAGAGUAAAAACAGAAAAACUCCUCCGUUAUACAGUGAGUUUCAAAUGUUUUCAAAAUUCUGACAGCACAGCUCGAAGCAGAGUAGCUUCGAUGCAGCUGAACGAUUCUUGCUGUGGAGACCAACUCAUAGGAACCUCCCGAACAAGAAAACUUUUCGGUUUGGGCGAUUCCACCAUUCCUUUGGGUUGGCCUUUUUGCACUCGGAUUUGCUGCUCUUUUUCGUCAUCGCCUGGAACCGAUUGCAGCAAGCCUUCUGGGCACAUUUCUUCUUGGGAGCGUUAGCGUUGUUUGCUUUGGAACGUGCCAUCCAGGUGAAAUUCUCCGCCUCUGUUGGAAACGGCACUGGUAUUGAAUCCGGAACAAGUUUCCGUUCUUCGGGAUAAUAAAGAGAAAAAAACAGCUCGAACGCAAUUUUUGCGGUAUAGAAAUAAACCAAACAGCUGAUAUUUGUUUACAUCGGGAAGCACGUGCUGUCAAAAUUCAUGAUAGUAUUGGUGAGAGCGCAAGCAACACCGAAUAUUUUCAGAGUGUUCCACCGUCCACUUUAUGGUGCACUACCAGUGGACUACUCAUCCUGAAAACGAGCAUGAAAACAGCAAAAAGUGCACUACCGGUAGUGCCCCGGUGCACCACCACACGAAAACAAAUUCUCUAUUAAAUUGGUGGGCAGGUGUUACGUGUUUCAUGUGGGGUAUUGUUGGUGCGAGUGGAAUAUCAUGAUGAUUAGUGAUGGAUCCUGAGCAUAAAAUUUUCCUUAUAAACGAAGGAUGUGUUUCCAGUUUUAUGGUCUCGGGAGAGAAAAUUAUUUUGAUUGUGCAGUGCGUUCUGAUUGUCGUUAAGGAUUUAAAGGGGAUCAGUGAUAAGGUGAACGUGCUUGGGCGGGCUGGUAAUAAAUGCAUUAAGUUGAUGUGUUGGAUUUGAUAUGACGAUGAUACAAAUGAUAAAAAAAAUCCUAUGAAGGUUUUGAAAUCGGAAAUAAGUUUAUUUAAUUAAAGAAUUUUUAUGAUGAACUUAUGUUUCCUUCCAAAAUUUACAUUUUUUAAUUCAAAUUUUAAAUAAAAGAGGUGGAAUAGAAAGAUCAAAUAUAACAAAAUAUGUGUUUCAUCAAUUGGUUAUCGAUUUAAAUAAAUUUUUUUUUUAAAUCAAAAUGUAAAUGUGAAAUAUGGUAUUCCACUAGUUUUUACAAGGAUCUUAACGUAGGGGAUCUGUUCAAUUAAACCUAAAUAUUUUUUCCAAUCGGGGUGCAUUCAUAAUAAUGUUUUAUUUCAUUUUCAGGUAAACCAACAGGUAAUUUAUUAUUCAUUUAGUUAUAUUUCCAUAAGCGUUUAUUAAGAAGUAGCUUCUGCUUCACUGCCGCUUGUUAUAACUGUAUAAUAAUUAAAUAGCUUUUUUCACCUAUUGCUGAUUUUUUCAUUUUAUUUUUAAUAAGUAUAUAGACAACUUAUCAUUUUAUUUGAUCAUUGUAUUCAAGAUUGUUAUAUAUUUUCUAGAGAGAAUGCAUCUGGGGAUAACCUGAAGAAACUUUUACAAGCGGAGUGGUAGCCAACCAUUGUAGGUUUCUUAAGGUUGGAUGCCUUCUCUCGACGAACCAUCGGCCAACCACACAGACAUAGGCAGGACCUUGCUACUGAUGGGGGGCCCAUACAUACAUACAAAAAAAUUUAACCAAACCUAACUCGAAAAAUAAAAAUGUUAGAAGUCUUCAAGUUUUCAAUUUUGGGGAAGAUCUGAAGACCCCCGGCGCAAAUUGUCAGUUAAUAAAAAAAAAUCCGCAUUAUCAACUCCGCGACAUCAAUUGAUGCAUUUUGACUUCCGAAACCUUAGUAGAUUUGGUUUGGCAUCAGUUCUGUAAAAACAUAGAUUCAAAAAGAUAAAAAAAAGUGCGAAUUAUGCUAUUUUUUUAAUCAUCUAAAAGCCAGAUUGUUUCCGCUGAAAAAUUCACAAAAAAACAGUUUUAUCUUUAAAACAUCUUUUGUUCUAGGAAAAAAAAUAUUGUUGGAGUAAAUUUUUUAACAGUUGUUUUUAAAUUGCAAAACCAUAGGGACAGAAAUACUAGAUUUUUAGUACUUUUUCGCUUGUAAUGUUAACAUAUUUCAGCAAUUUUUUCUCAAGCUUAGAAACAAACAUAUAUAGCUAUAGUUGAAUAUAUGUUUUGUUAAAGUUGUUUUGAUAUUAACUGAGAUAUUUCAACUGUUACAAAAAUUAAACUCGUAGCAUAUUUGCCGAUUUGUUGUCGUUUUUUUCAAACCCCCCCCUUUCAGAUGGGGUUUAUAUUUCGUCUCUUCUACCUAAUCAAGUAUAUUUUUUUUCUCAAAAAUCAACCCUGGUUGAAUGCUUAAUGCACAAAAAUUAAGUUAAAACAAUGAAUGGCUGGGUUUUAUGCCGAUUGAAGUGAACCUCGUCUAAAGGCUUAAGCGAGUUGAUUAAAUAAAAUAAUGCCAAAACUCCAUUUUUUUUAUAAUAAGUAUUUGAAAUAGUGUGCAUAAUUCUUUCACAUCGUCGUGCAACGUCUUAUUAUGUUCAAGUUUAAUACCAAGGUUAUGUAGAGUGGUCCAAAAUAAGUCCUUAAGAAAUUAAGUAGGACCUAUUUCCGACAUGGGUCAAAUUGCCAUUAAAACAAGUUUUUUUGGUUCUUCGAGCUUGCAAACUGAUUUUUAAGUGUUUAUCAUAGCUGUGAACAUGUUUAUAGUUGUUAAAUUUAUCACAGCUAUGCAGAAAACGUCUUGAAAGAUGACUCCAAUAAUGGCUCGUCCUCCUGGAAUGGCCUUGAUUCGGUCUAACUGUGAAAAAUUAAAACUUUACUUUUAAUUUUCUCUCCCAUUUCAGCUUAUUAAAAUGAAUUUUUAGACACGAUGAGAAUCAUAAGAAGUAGUUUUAACCUUUUUAACUAUAUUUAUUCAAAAUUUUCAUGAUUAACGUAAUUCAUGAGAGAAAUAUUAGAAAACGCUGCAAGGUGGUCCAAAAUAAGUCCGUAACCCUGUCAAUCUUUUUCAUUAUCUUAAAACAAGUAUUUUGAAGGAAUCCCGGACAUUGUGACAAAGUAUAUCUAUAACUGUUUUUUUUUUAAUUUGCUUAUUUAAGGAAUUUGUUAGCUUCACCUAAUAAACGUUUUAAUAACUAAAUAAAGGUCGUUUAAGAAAUCGGAAAAAUUUAUUCUUAUGUCUGUCGCUUACGCAACACUCACCUUAACUAGUAAUGGUGAAGAAUGUGAAAAUGAAUAAAAUGUUAUUUUUUCUCAAACAAGUUUAAUAACUCCAAAAAUAACUGAAUAAUAAUUUAAGGUUUUUAUGAAAUUCUGGAAUUUUUAACUUUCUCAGCAAAUUAAUGUUUCAUCACAUUUUUUUCAAACGUACAUGUAUUUUUUAAGGAUGUAAGAUUAAAAAAUAUCACAAAUUAAACUAUGGUAAAUCACUUUUUCCGUCUACAUAAGUAUGUAGGUACAUCAGAAAUGAUUAAUGUGGCCACAUAUUAGGGUAUCAACCUGCUGACAACAUUUGUGAAUGAUAGCGAGAAAAAAAAAACAAAUUUGAAGUGAGUGUAUCAUACGGGAUAGAACUACAUAGAUAGCUCAGCUCUAGGUGGGUACUUCACUUUCAACUGGACUAGAGAGAGAUGAUGAUAACAGCAGAAACGUGGUGUAGAAUAAUCACGAAAUAAAAAAAAAACGAUAUGUGGCAAUCAUCACCAGUAAAUGAUGAUGACGAUGACACCGACACUUGUAUCUCGACUCCAAAUAGAUGAUGAUAUUAACUAAGUCAGUAGUGGAACCAAUACGUACCGCCACAUGCAUGAUAUGGAGGAACCUCCGCUCCGAUUGAUUGGGGUUGUUGAAACGUUUUUGUACUAUCUAGGUAUCUACCUACUAGCUGGAGAGAGCUAGCUCGUGUUUUGGGGUGACAGAACGUGUCAUUACAGCAAUAAUGAAAAUCAAUCUUCAAGUGCCUAAAACUGUUGUUAUUUUCUACUCAGUUGACAUAGUUUAUAAGUGUUUCUAAGCAAUAGCAAAAAUUAAAAAAGUUUGUCUUAAGUCAUGAUAAGCGGAUUAGUGGGAUUAACUCUAUCAGAGAAAACUAAAUGAAAAAAAAUCAUAAUUAUUGUUCAAUAAAUGAAAUUUCUUUCCUGUAACU